AUGGGGAGAGACCGGAGCAUCCUCUGCCGCGGCUCCAUCGCCUGCCCUGGAGCCGUCCCUCUCCAGAAAGAGGGGGCAGAGCCGCGGAGGGGCUCUUGCCUUUACCGCCCGUGCCGAUUCGGGGGCUCCGAAGGGCCCUUGACCCUCUUCCAGAGCCCCGACGAGGGCUGGCAGGUUUACACCUCGGCGCAAGCCCCCGACGGCAAAUGCCUCUGCACGGCCGUCAUCCCCGUCCAGGGCACUUGCUCCCGCGACCUGCGCAGCCACCAGCUCCGCCAGCUCAUGGAGAAGGUGCAGAACAUUUCCCAGUCGAUGGAGGUGCUGGACCUCCGGACCUACCGGGACCUCCAGUACGUGCGCAACACCGAGUCCCUGAUGAAGGGCUUGGACUCCAGGCUGAAGGUGGCUGCUGAGAGCCAGAAGAGCCUCAACGCCAAGAGCUUCCAGGAGCUCAAGGACAAGAUGACGGAGCUGCUGCCUCUGAUGCCCGUCCUGGACCAGUACAAGUCGGACACGAGGCUGAUCGUGCACCUGAAGGAGGAGGUGAGGAACCUCUCCGGGAGCUUGCUGGCCAUCCAGGAGGAGAUGGGCGCCUACGACUACGAGGAGCUGCAGCAGCGGGUGCUGAUGCUGGAGGCACGGCUGCACGCCUGCAUGCAAAAACUGGGUAUGGGGGCCGUGAAGGACGUGGAUCGUGUCCGUCUGUCCUGGGAGCCGAUCUCGAUGGGGGUGGGGGCCCCGUUUUGGCCGGGCAUCCCUAACCUGAGCCCGCUGCAGGUGUGGUACAUGGACGGUUACUACAAGGGCCGCCGUGUCUUGGAGUUUCGGACCUUGAACGACUUCGUGACGGGACAGAACUUCGUGCAGCAUCUCCUGCCGCAUCCCUGGGCCGGCACCGGCCACGUGGUCUUCAACGGGUCCCUCUACUACAACAAAUACCAGAGUAACAUCGCGGUGAAGUACCACUUUCGCUCCCGCAGCGUGCUGGUGCAGCGCAGCCUCGCCGGCGCCGGCUACAACAACACCUUCCCUUAUUCUUGGGGUGGUUUCUCCGACAUCGACUUCAUGGUGGACGAGAGCGGGCUGUGGGCCGUCUACACCACCAACCAAAACGCCGGCAACAUCGUGGUGAGCCGGGUGGACCCCCAGACGCUGGAGGUCCUGCAUAGCUGGGACACGGGUUACCCCAAACGCAGCGCCGGAGAGUCCUUCAUGAUCUGCGGCACGCUCUACGUCACCAACUCCCACCUCGCCGGCGCCAAGAUCUAUUUUGCCUACUACACAAACACUUCCAGCUACGAAUACACGGAUAUUCCCUUCCACAACCAGUAUUCCCACAUAUCCAUGCUGGACUACAACCCGCGGGAGAGGGUGCUCUACACCUGGAACAACGGCCACCAGGUCAUCUACAACGUCACCCUCUUCCCACUUCUCCCCUCCACCGGUGCCGGCGAUCGCCCCCCGCCCUCAAACCCAGCCUGGAUUUAUCGCCCCAAACGCCGCCGCAGCACCAGCGGGCGCGGUAACGCAGGUUGA